AUGUUGGUUGAUUUGCUUAACAAUGCUCCUGAUCCCCAGCCUCCGAUUUCGGUAGUAUCAGGGUCUCUACAUCCUGUCCUGUCUUCCAGCUCAAUCACUAAUUCAAUAGCUGCCAACAACUCAUCAACCGUUACUUCUCCUAUGUCUUCGCUUUUUCUUGCACGAAGCUCCUCCACACCCACUUCGGGCACUAAUAUCAUGCCAUCGGGACAUUUAACCAAUUCUUCCGGCUCAUUCUCUCCUGCAUUAACUGGAGCUUCUGCCAGUUAUUCUCUUGGCUGUGCCUUUCCUGCUGGUGACUCGCAUAUAACCUCAGGAUCAGCUGGUUUCUUAAGCGGGUGUCUUCAUUCAGGCCCCGACACGCCUACGACACCAGCAGCUACUUCUCCCACGCUUGGCGUCACUAGCUGUUCUUCUCCAUGUCUUUUCCCGCCCGCCUCUACUUCUGCAUCUUCUGCUAUAUAUAUCGGCCAAAAAUCAGGUAACCUAGCUGCAACUUCGUCAACCGGCCCAGGUCUUCUUAUCUCAGCAUCCUCUGGCUGCGCAAGAUCAACAUCAUCCUCUGGCCGACACGGAGCUGGACUC